CCCAUCUCUUGCAAUUCACCCUAAAAAUCUACUUUUAACCUCUUCAUUUGUGAGCAAGUUUGAAUCGUUUUUGACUUGUUUAUCCUACAAACCAUCGUCCUCUCCUUAACAUUUCUCUCUGAUCUUCACUUCCUUAGCUCGUCAAUGCCGAUGAUGGAAGUAAUCACCAACAAAAAAGUCACAGACCUGUUCGAAAAUCUCGAAGAACAAAAAUGCCUCCUCACAAAAUGCACCGACUUAUACAACACCCUAUCUUCUUAUUACAUUUCUGUUGAAGAAUCCCUUAAUUCAAAAACCCUAAGCCUAGAUUCCAAAUUCCGAUCUAUGCAUUUAAAUUACCAGAAAUCCCUUGAAGAUCUCCAAAACCGCGAAAAUUCAAUUCCUAAUCGCUUUUCAUCCCUCUCCUCUGAAAUUGAAUCCAAAAAAAAUGCUUCCAUUGCCGAACUCCGGAAACCUCUCGGUUUAGAAUUACCAGUUAUUAAUGUUUUGAAAUCCUUGUGUAGGAGAAUGGAUUGUAGUGGUUUGAUGCAGUACGUGCUAGGGAAGAGGAAAGAUAAGCUUUCUUUGAGGUCUGAAAUGGAGGAAGCGAUCAAGGAGUGUGUGGACCCGGAGAUGAUGGUAAUAGGAGCACUGAAAGAUUUUAUGGAAGCGAAAUCGAUGAGUGAAAAAAGACUUGCGGAUAAGUUGUGGGCGUGCGGGGUGGUGGUUUCGGGGUUGUUUUCUUUGGAAAAAUUUAAGGACAAAAAGGGGAAGGAGGCUGUAUUUGCGACAAAGACGGUGGCAGAAGCCGAGAAGGUGAUGAGGGAGUGGAGAAAGAAAGCUGAGGAAGCGGGGGAUAGGGAGGAAAGUGAAGGUAAAAUGGGAACUGCUGAAGUAGCUAUGUUUUUGCUGGUUAUAAUUGGGUUUGGGUUGAGGGAAAUAUUUGAAGAGGAGUUCUAUAUGAAGAUGUUUAUCGAGUUUUCUGGUAGGAAAGAUAUGGCUAAGUUUGCCAUUCCGAUUUUAAAGGACAAGAUUCCUGAUUUAAUUGACCGAUUGAUACAGAGUGGAAAACUGCUUGAAGCAGUUGAUUUUGCUUUAGAGUCUGGCUUGACGGGAAGGUUCCAGCCUGUCUCUCUGCUCAACACUUUUUUGAGCAACUCCCAAAAGAAUACCACAGAAAUACUGGAGAAAGGCAACCAUAAUGCGGAUGCAAUAGAGGAGGCCAACAAAUAUGAGGCAACUUACAUCAGGUCUAUCAUCACAUGUGUGGUAGACCAUAACCUGGAGGCAGAAUUUUCUAUUGAAAGCUUGAAGAAGAGACUUUUUGAGAUAGAGAAAGCAAAGGCUGAUAAGAAGGCUGCUAUAAAUGGCACUAGGCCUAGUACCAAGCGAGCCCAAGGUAACGAAGGCCCUCGGAACAAUAGUGCACCACCUCCGCGUCCUAUGAAAAGGUCGAAAUACCCUUCUCGUGGCAGGAGAGAGAGAGCUUCACAAGCACCUAAUCGAGUAUCAAGGUACAUGGGUCCAUACAACUUACCAAAUCAAACUGCUUAUGAUCCAGGGGUCCCUGCAUACACUUUUGGGCCGAGGCAUGGUGCUUAUGUUCCGACAGCUCACCAAAUCCCUCAACAACAUUAUGGACUACCGGGUGGUAGUGCUCUUAAUACUAGCGCUGUGCCUCAACCUCAACUUGUUGGUUCUUAUGGCAGUAGUACAUAUGGCAUGCCUGGUGGCGGUGUGCCCACAUCUGCUGGGCCUCCGGUUGGCAGUCAUGGUUCGCAGAGUGUAUACGGAGCAUAUGAUUAUGGUGUAACCAAUACGUCUUACCAGCCUCCUUAUGCACAAUAAUUUUCAACUUGAAGAGCAGACAACUGUAGUCGAAGUUAGUAGACUUAGUAGCAGGAUAGAAUAGAGCAUAUCGUGUCUAAAGUCAGUGAGAUUAGUUCAUACUCUCUGUUGUGAAGUUUUGGUAUAAAUUUUGUAUUGAAAAGUGAAAAUACCAUAAAAUAGAAAGGCCUUCAUUUAGAUUAAACUUUUUUUUUUUCUUAAUAGCUUGUAAAAAUUGUUGAUUAACAUUAUAUUUGUGCACAGGAUUCAGAUCCAUAGAGUUUCAAACACAAAUCAUUGUAGCCCAUUGAUGUGAAAUUUGAAUCUGAUUGUCUUGAGAGAAUUUGAAUAAAAUAAGAUUUUUUAACAA